CAUCCAACAAUAGAAAGUAUGAAGGUUAGGUAUACCAAACCAAUACAAUAUGGUUCGGAUUCAUCAUCAUCAACCAUCACAAAGUUGGUAGUUGAUUUGGGAUCAAACUCACUUCUGUCCAGCAUCCUGAGACCAUCAAUCACUCAUCUUUCCAUGAUCGUCUAUCGCGAUACACUUAACAUGGACACCCUGGCCAAAGUGCCAUCACUCAAACGGUUGGGCAUCUACAGGUACUUUAACCAGCAGAUUGAGCCUGGUACAUUGCCAUCAUCAAUCACCAGGCUCUACCUGGGCAUCAGCUUCAACCAGCCAAUCACUCCAAACAGUCUCCCUCAAUCUCUUACCAAGUUGGAGUUUGGAUGGAGUUAUGAUCAGGAGUUCAAAGUUGGCUCACUGCCAUCAUCAUUGAAGAAGCUAUUGAUGGAUGUCAAGUACAAUCAAACAUUCGGGGUAGGAGUACUCCCUGCCAAACUCAAAGUACUCAAGCUUGGUCUAUAUUAUAAUCGCCCAUUCAUUCCUGGUGCACUACCAACAUCACUCCAGCAAUUGACAUUACUUGGCACGAACUACACUCAUGACUUGGUAGGCGAGGGCAUACUUCCAAGCUCCCUUCUGCAUCUACGUGUGUGCACGAGCUUCAAACAGAUUGCCCAACUCAAGUCCAUGGCACUCAUAUCACUCCAUUGGUCGGGCAGUGAUUGGGAUACUUCCAGCCAAACACUACCUAUGACAAUGGCAAGCUCUUUGAGAUCACUAUCUUUGAACUUUGGAUUUAAUCAAGUGAUUGACAAUUUCCUUCCAGCGGGCAUCACCAAGUUGGAGCUUGGCCAGGACUAUUCAAAACCGAUCACACCUGGAUCACUUCCACCAACUCUUACCAAUCUCAUUUUUGGAUCUGGCUUCAAUCAUCCCAUCGAACCAAAGACGCUACCAAACUCAAUCACCGACCUUAAGUUUGGUUGCUAUUUUAACCAACCUCUUACUGAGGACAACUUGCCAACUGGCCUCAUCUCAUUGAGACUGCGCAGAAAGUUUAGUUUUGACCUGGAUUGGCUACCUGAGACCCUUGUCAAUCUGGAAUUCUCUGACAUGUAUCAAAUCAGAUUGGUCAAAUGCAUUGGCAACACUAUGGCGCGUCAAAGUUAUCACUUUGAGUCGAUCAAGGUCAUUGAUUUAAUGCAAUUUAGAGAAUCAUUUAUUUGUAGAUAUGAUGUCGAUGAUAAUGUGGAUGGUUUAUUGACUGAAGUGCCAGCCCCAAUGGUCAUUGCAUCGGACACACUGUAUAUAGAAAUGAACCCAGAGGACAAUGACGAUUGUUAUGACAUUAGUACAUGUCAACAAUAUCCAACACUAGGAUUGAUCUGUUGCGUUAGUUUCAUGUUGCAUUUAUUUCCAAAUGUCAAUGUUAUUGAAUUCCAAGCAACCAGUUGUAUAUAUCGACUAAGAUUGAUUGAUAACAAUACCGCC